AUGUACAGAGACAGGGACAGAUUCAGUUCCCCACACAUCCCAGACCUGCUGACCUCAUGUACAGAGACAGGGUCAGCUUCAGACCCCACACAUCCCAGACCUGCUGACCCCAUGUACAGAAAAAGGAGACAGGGUCAGGUUCAGACCCAACACAUCCCAAACCUGCUGACCUCAUGUACAGAGACAGGGACAGAUUCAGACCCAACACAUCCCAGACCUGCUGACCCCAUUGACAGAGACAGGGACAGAUUCAGACCCCCACACAUCUCAGACCUGCUGACCCCAUGUACAGAGACAGGGUCAGGUUCAGACCCAACACAUCCCAAACCUGCUGACCUGAUGUACAUAGACAGGAGACAGGGUCAGGUUCAGACCCAACACAUCCCAAACCUGCUGACCUCAUGUACAGAGACAGGGUCAGGUUCAGACCCAACACAUCCAAAACCUGCUGACCCCAUGUACAGAGACAGGGUCAGCUUAAGAUCCCCACACAUCCCAAACCUGCUGACCCCAUGUACAGAGACAGGGUCAGCUUCAGACCCGACACAUCCCAAACCUGCUGACCUCAUGUACAGAGACAGGAGACAGGGUCAGGUUCAGACCCAACACAUCCCAAACCUGCUGACCUCAUGUACAGAGACAGGGUCAGGUUCAGACCCAACACAUCCCAAACCUGCUGACCUCAUGUACAGAGACAGGAGACAGGGUCAGCUUCAGAUCCCCACACAUCCCAAACCUGCUGACCCCAUGUACAGAGACAGGGUCAGCUUCAGAUCCCCACACAUCCCAAACCUGCUGACCCCAUGUACAGAGACAGGGUCAGGUUCAGACCCAACACAUCCCAAACCUGCUGACCUCAUGUACAGAGACAGGGUCAAGUUCAGACCAAACACAUCCCAGACCUGCUGA